UAAACCAACGGUGUAACAAAAACAAGAUCCUUUAGUGUCUUCACAGCUAACGGUACUGUAAAUUCCGCGCCGAUAACAUUUAAUGUAUUCUUUUAAAGAGAAGUAUUUGUGCUUACACUGUCUUAACCUGUUGAAACUCGAUGGUCGCAGUCCGAUACUUCACAAAACACUCGCAUGAAAAUAAAGGCGCAGGGGCAAAGGUGUAAAAUUAGUUGCUUAUUAUGGAGGAAGAAGAAAUUCUUCUGUCCAAACAAAGUGUUUGUCUGGAGAAAGAAGAGGAAGGUACUGCCUCUAAAAUGAGUAUUUAUGGAGAAAGAGAGGAAGAGGAGGAGAGCACGCUUCACUACAAGUUCCAGAGAGCAGCAUCUCCAGUUCCAAGCGACGUGUCUUUGAAGAGUGACAGAUCCAUGGCGGAACCUCUUAAAUUCAGUGAUAAAGCAGAAACCUUUCAGCUCAGUUUUAGUAUUUCAGAGAGAGAGAGGAAAAGUGCUGUUCACGAUCAGCCCCAGAGAGCAACAUCUCCAGUUCCAAGCUAUGUGUCAGUGAAGAGUGACAGUUCCAUGGCUGAACCUCUUAAAUUCAGUGAUAAAGCAGGACAAUUUCAGCCCAGUAUUUCAGAGAGCGAGAGGAAAAGUGCUGUUCACAAUCAGGUCCAGAGAGCAGCAUCUCCAGUUCCAAGCUAUGUGUCAGUGAAGAGUGACAGAUCCAUGGCUGAACCUCUUAAAUUCAGUGAUAAGGGAGGACAAUUUCAGCCCAGUAUUUCAGAGAGAGAGGGCGAGAAUGCUGUUCUCGACCACUUCCAGAGAGCAGCAUCUCUAGUUCCAAGCAAUGUGUCUUUGAAGAGUGACAGAUCCAUGGCUGAACCUCUUAAAUUCAGUGAAAAAGCAGGACACUCUCAGCCCAGUGGGACAAAGGAACAGGUGGUUCAGGAUUGGUUCAGGUCUCCGUCCGAAAAUUGCGACUGUCUUCAGUGCAGUAACAAAUCUGGAAUAUGUUCUGUUACACACUCACACAUAGGAGAGUCCAGUUCUGUUGGUGGUGCUCACUGCCGCCAUGUAGCUGCUGAUGUGGUCUGUGAUGUUUGCCCUGGGAUGCAGCCCGAAGAUGUGGAGCCCUGUGUGACCUGCACACAUGCACUGGAGGUAACUGGAGACCUGCAGGAGGACUCAUACAAACCAGUAGAUAAUAUCCUACAAAAUGUCAAAGAGAAUCACAAAAACAGUAUGAAGAACAAGUAUGAGAGCUUAUUUGAAGGAAUCAAUAUACAACAGCAUAAAACCCUCUUAAAUAAGAUUUACACCCAGCUGUACAUAAUAGAGGGAGAGACUGAAGGGGUGAAUGAAGAACAUGAGGUUGUACAAAUAGAAAAAGCCAAGACUGAACGCUUGCAAGGCACUCCAAUAAACUGCAAUGACAUUUUUCAGCCCAUAUCUGAACCAAGCUAUAAAAGGGAGAGAAAAGACAAGAAAGAAAAAAUAAAGACAGUGCUUACCAAAGGCAUUGCUGGAAUUGGAAAAACGGUCUCUGUGCAGAAGUUCAUUCUAGACUGGGCUGAGGGAAAAGCAAAUCGGGAUAUUGAUUUUAUCUUUUUUCUUCCAUUUCGCGAGUUAAACUUGGUUAAAGAUGACCGAUACAACCUUCACAGACUACUGCUAGACUUCCACCCAAACCUUCAUGGGUUAGACUCAAAGAUGUAUGAUCUAUAUAAAGUCUUGUUCAUCUUUGAUGGUCUAGAUGAAAGUAGAAUUAUAUUGACUUUUUCUGACAGUGAGAAAGUUUCUGAUGUGUUUACGACAUCAUCAGUUUGUGCGUUAAUGUCAAAUCUCAUCAAAGGAGAGCUGCUGCCCUCUGCUCUCAUCUGGAUAACAUCCAGACCGGCUGCAGCCAAUCAAAUCCCUUCACAAUACAUCAGCCGUGUGACAGAAGUUCAGGGAUUCAAUGACCCUCAGAAGGUGGAAUAUUUCAGGAAGAGGAUCAGCGAUCAGCAUCAAGCCAGCAAAAUCGUCUCGCACAUAAGAACAACAAGAAGCCUCCACAUCAUGUGUCACAUUCCAGUCUUCUGCUGGAUCUCAGCAUCUGUGCUUCAGAAAAUCCUGGAACAAGAUCAUAGUGCAGAAAUCCCCAAAACUCUAACAGAAAUGUACAUACAUUUCCUGAUAAUUCAGACCAAUAUGAAGAGACAGAAGUAUGAUGAGAGAAAUGGGAAAGAUCCAAAGUUGCUACUGCAGUCAGACAGAGAUAUGAUUCUGAAACUAGCUGAACUGGCUUUCAAAGCUCUGAUUAAGGGCAAUGUCCUUUUCUAUGAUGAGGACCUGAGAGAGAGUGGCAUAGAUGUCAACGAGGCCUCAGUGUAUUCUGGAAUUUGCACUGAGAUCUUUAGGGCAGAAUCAGUUAUCUAUUCAAGGAAGGUCUACGGCUUUGUACAUCUGAGCUUUCAAGAGUUUUUUGCAGCACUUUAUGCAUUCUCCAGCUAUGUACACAAGAACACAGAUGUUCUGAAAAUGUUUCAUAAAAAGAAAAGGAGAGAAAAGCUCAAAUCUCAGUCUGAAGAUGUUCCUUUGGAUGUGUUUCUGAAGGAUGUAGUAGAUGAAGCACUGAAAAGCAAAAAUGGGCAUCUGGAUCUUUUCCUUCGAUUUCUUCAUGGCAUCACACUGGAGUCAAAUCAGAGACUUCUCAAAGGAUUGCUAACACGCAUGGAGAACAACCUGGAAAGCAUAAAGAAAGUAAUCAAAAACCUAAAACAGAGUCAAAAACAGGAUGUUAAGCCAGAAAGAUGGAUUAAUCUCUCACAUUGCUUGCUUGAAAUGAAGGACAGCUCUAUUCUUGAAGAUAUUCAGGCUUUCCUCAAAUCUGAAGCAAAAAGAAAAAAAUAUCUUUCACCUGCUCACUGUUCAGCUUUGGCUAAUAUGCUGCUGAUGUCAGAGGAUGUGCUUGAAGAAUUAAACCUCAAGAAAUACAACACAACAUCCAUGGAGGCUCAAAGGAGGCUGGUACCAGCUGUGAGGAACUGCCGAAAAGCUCUAUUGGCAGGCUGUAAUCUCACUGAACAGUCAUGUGAAAUUGUGGCCUCGGCUCUACAGUCAACAAACUCCCCUGUGAGAGAGCUGGACAUGAGUAACAAUGACCUGCAGGAUUCAGGAGUUGAGCUGCUCUCUUUUGGAAUGAAGAGUUCACACUGUAAAUUGAAGAUACUGAGAUUAAAAUGCUGUAAACUCACCAUGUGGUCAUGUAAAUAUGUGGCUUCAGCUCUGCUAUCAGCAAAUUCGUUCCUGAGAGAGCUGGACCUCAGUAACAAUGAGCUGCAGCAAUCUGGAGUGGAGCUGCUCACUUCUGGACUGAAGAGCACUAAACUGGAGAUAUUGAGAUUGGCUGGCUGUAAACUCAGUGCUCAGUCCUGUGAAACUGUGGCCUCAGUUUUACAAUCAGUAAACUCUUGCCUGAGAGAGCUGGACCUGAGUAACAAUGACCUGCAGGAUCCAGGAGUGAAGCAGCUGUCAACUGGAUUGUCGAGUACACACUGUAAAUUGGAGAACCUAAGAUUGGCAAGCUGUAAUCUCACUGAUCAGUCCUGUGAAAUUUUGGCCUCAAUUCUACAAUCAGUAAACUGCCUUCUGAAAGAGCUGGACCUGAGUAACAAUGACCUGCAGGAUUCAGGAGUAAAGCUGCUCUCUGCUGGAUUGAAGAGUCCAAACUGUAAGCUAGAGAUUCUGAGAAUGGCCAUUUGUAAUCUCACUCACUGGUCCUGUGAAACUGUGGCGACAGUUCUACACUCAGCAAAUUCCCUGUUGAGAGAGCUGAACCUGAGCAAGAAUGACCUGCAGGAUUCAGGAGUGGAGCUGCUCUCUGAUGGACUGAAGAGUUCACACUGUAAACUGGAGAUACUGAGACUGUCUGGCUGUAUUAUCACAGACAAAGGCUGUUCUGUUCUGGCAGAAGCUCUGAGUUCAAACCCCUCACACCUUAGAGAGCUGGACCUUAGCUGCAAUCACCCUGGAGAUAUAGGUCAUGUGUUGCUCUCUGCUAGACUGGAGGAUCCAACCUGCAAAUUGGAGAUACUGAAUGUGGAACAUGAGGGAAAGUUUAGGAUUGCAGCAGGAUUGCGAAGAUACACCUGUGAGCUCACACUGGACCCCAACACAGCACACACACAUCUCUCUCUAUCUGAGGAGAACAAAAAGGUUACGCAUGCAGAAAAGCAGCAGUCAUAUCCUGAUCAUCCGGAGAGAUUUGAGUGCUUUCCUCAGGUUCUGUGCAGAGAGAGCCUGUGUGGACGCUGUUUCUGGGAGGUUGAAUGGAGUGGGAAGUGUGGAGCCUAUGUUUCAGUGUCAUAUAAAGAAAUCAAGAGGAAAGGAGAGAGUAAUGACUGUGAGUUCGGAUCCAAUGAAAAGUCCUGGAGGCUGAUCUGCUCUGAUAACAGCUUCACUGCCUGGCACAAUAAUGAGAGAACUAAAAUACGUCCUCCUUCAUCAUCAUCUCGUUCUAAAAGAGUGGGGGUGUAUCUGGACUGGCCGGUUGGCACUCUGUCCUUCUACAGCAUCUCUAGCACACACAGAGUCACGCACUUACACACAUUUGACUCCACAUUCACCAAGCCUCUCUAUGCAGGGUUUGGCCUUCAUUCUGGCUCCUCAGUGUCUCUUCUGUCUGUGUCAGAAGUUUCCUAUUAGAAACAAUAGGGAGGUCACACAUAGCACUGUUUUGUUUUGCUACUUUAUACAAUUUCUGAGGGUAAAAAAGUGUUUGUAAUAAAUAAAUAGUUCUAAAUAAAUAAUUUAACAAUAUAUUAAAAAAAGGAGAUUUAGAGUCAGUGUGCAAUGAGUGAUUCCCUCACUCUUUUCCACAUCGUCGUCCUCCUCUUCCUUUCUCCAAUGGCAUGUUUAAAUAUGCUCCAGGAGCCUAUCUGUUCAUUUGCCAGUCACAAAUGUCAUAUUGCAAUUUAGACAUCUAAUCAGAUCUUUGAUUGUACCAAGUGUAUAUAUCAAGAUAUAGGCCUAUUGAGUAGUUCAAUACAGCGCUGAUGCUUGUCAUUUUAAUCACAUUCUGUGUGCAUUUAAGUUCAUAGCCAAAUGAGUAACACUACAGGCUAUUAGCCACUUAUGAUUCACAUCGCAUGCAAUUGUCAUCGUCGUCGAUCACAGCUUAGAUCAGAAUCACACUGUCGAUCAGAAGCUGGCUUCUGCUCUAAAGUUUGUGGUGGUCCACCAGGUGCAUUCCUCUUGAGCAGACAGCUGGUGCAUUUCUACUUCGGAGCCAGCAGGGCUUCAGCACUGGUUCCACCGCCUGCUGCUUCCUCCAGGCUUUGGGCGCUAUGGCCGAGCUAAAUCACUUCCUGGAUUAUCAGAGUUUUGCUUUUUCCACUGCUGUGUCAUAAUCUGCCCGAUAGUACGGAUCAGUAAUGGUGGAAAGCCUCAUGAUUUCUUGAGUUUUGUCACUCCUGUUCAUGAGAUCCAGUUUUGCCAGCAUCGUUUUUUCAUGGAUUCUGUUAGAUUGGUGUCACUCUUUAGCAUCUGAAGCAGUGGAAGAAGCGACGAGACCUAUAUAAUGAUAUAAACCUGUCCUGAUAUAUCAGUGAACUCACUGACCAGCUUUAGUGCUACGCUAAUAGACUGGAACUGUGUCCUGCCAUGUUGGAGCAACUUUCGCUCUUCGGUCAACAGCAAGUACACAGUUUAUUGCUCUUCUCUGCUCCAGAAUAAUCUCCACCAUCAUGUACUUUGAGCCCCAUCAAGUUGCACAGUCCUGCUAAUAUUAAUAAACAAAAUUAGGCUAAAUAUUUUUGCCAGCAAACCUGUUCUUGCUAUAACCCGCAUAUAGCCUAGCUGUUGUGUGCCUUGUGUUGUUUAGGCUAUAGUCUAUGAAAUUUACAUUAACAUUACAUUUAUUCAUUUGGCAGACACUUUUAUCCAAAGCGACUUACAAAAGAGGAAUAAAACAUUAUAAGCAAUUCAUCUUAAGGAGACAGUGGUACGAAAAAGUGCUGCAUUGCAAAGUUUCACUAUUAUCAGAAUAGUAGUAUCCAAGACAGAUUAGAGUGCAACAAAUUUUUUUUAUGAAUGCGUGGUUAAGAAUGCUUGUACAUAAAAGAUGUGUUUUUAGCUGUUUUUUGUAGACCGAGAGUGAGUCUGCUUCACGGAUGGAGUUCGUAAUGUCAUUCCACCAAUGUGGUACAGUGAAACCGAAAGUCCGGAAAAGUGUUUUGGUGCCUCUUUGUGUUGGUACAAGGCGCAGCUCAUUAGCUGACCACAGGCUUCUGGUGGGAAUGUGGCUCUGCAGAAAUGAUUUUAGGUAUGCUGGAGCAGACCCAGUGAGUUUUAUGUAUGCCAGCAUCAGGGUCUUGAAUUUGACCCUGUGAAGAGAGACAAGGAGUGGUGUAACAUGCACUCUUUUUGGUUAAUUAAAGACCAGAAAUGCUGCUGCAUUCUGGAUCAUUUUCAGGGGCCUAAUUGCACAUGCAGGGAGGCCUGCAAUUAGAGCAUUACAGUAGUCCAGUCUAGUUAUGACAAGUGACUGAACAAGAAGUUGUGUGGCAUGUUCAGAGAGGAAGGGUCUUAUUUUCCUGAUAUUGUUGAGUGUAAAUCUACAUGAUUGUGCUUGUCUUUGAGAUGUGGUUUGUGAAAUUGAGUUGGUUAUUGAUGGUUACCCCUAGAUUUCUGACCGUUUUGGAAGGCGUUAUUGUAGUUGAACCUAGCUGAACGGUGAUGUUGUGUUCAACAGCAGGGAUGGUCGGAAAGACGUGGAGCUCAGUCUUCGCUGGGUUAAGUUGCAGGUGGUGUUCUAUCAUCCAGGCCGGGAUCUCUGCCAAACAGGCUGAGAUUUGAGAAGUCACUGUGGUGUCGUUGGGCUGGAAAGACAAGUAGAGCUGUGUGUCAUCAGCAUAGCUGUGGUAAGAGAACCCAUGUUCUUGAAUGUUGUGUAUAUAGAGAAGUAGCCCAAGCACUGAGCCCUUAGGUACCCCAGUAAGUAGUUGAUGUGACUUGGACACCUCACCUCUCCAGGCUACCUUGAAGGACCUACUUGAGAGAUAGGACUUAAACCAGUCAAGCACAGUUCCUGUGAUGCCCAGAGCAGAGAUGGUGUACAGUAGGAUCUGAUGGUUGACUGUCAAAGGCUGCAGAAAGGUCCAUUAGAAUCAGGAUGGAUGAUCUGGAUCCAGCUCUCGCCUGUCUCAGCGACUCAAUGACAGACAGCAGGACAGUCUUGGUGGAAUAUCCACUUUUGAAGCCUGACUGAUUUUCAUCUAGCAGCUUGUUCUGCGAGAGAGAGGCAUGUUUUUGCCAUGAAUGGGAUGAGAGAGACUGGUCUGUAGAGUUCUGUUUGUGUUGUGUUAAGUUCAGGUUUUUUAAGCAGUGGGGUUACUCAAGCUGGAGACAGUGAGAUGGCUAGGAGAUGGUGGUUGGAUAGGAAGAGUUUAGAGACCUCAGCGUCAGUCAGAGGAGAGAUCAUAGAGAUAGAAGAGCUGCAUACAGGAGGAAGGUGUUUGAGGGUGUGGUUCUGAUUGAUGAUGGCUGUAACCUUAUUAGUAAAAAAUGUGGCAAAGACAUCUGCUGUCAGUGAGGUGUCAGGAGUUGGAGGAUAGAGGAGUGUGUUGAAUGUUCUAAAUAAGCUGUGAGUGUCUGUGGUGCUGUUGAUCUUGUCUUAACAUUAUCUGAAAAAGAUGCAAGCAAAGACUGAUACUUACUUAGAUCUGCUGGACCUUUAGAUUUCCGCUAUCUCCUCUCAGCCGCCCUGAGGUCAGUCUGAUGUUCACAAAGAACGUCAGAGGGCCAGGGGCUGGGUGGUGUCAUAUGUGCUGGCAGAGAGGAGAGAGGACAGAUGCUGUAGAGCCUAGUGUGUCUGUUGUAGUGUUUACAUCCAGGGUGAUAAAGCUUUUGAUAACUUUUUGUUGUGAGAGUCCCUAGAUUAUGCGCAAUUUGUGUGAAUUGGAUUUAUUGGAGUUUGAAAAAGUACGUUUUUAAUUCCAUUCAAAAUGGUGGACAGGAAGUAUGGCCGACCAUGGCAAAUCGGGAAUCAUCGUACUCUGCAUAACCCAAGGAAUCUAAAGAGAGCAGACACAGGAGAUAGGCCAAAUUAUUCAAAAGUUAAAAGCAUUUUAAAACAUUUCAUUAUAUCUUUUGACCACAAUGUGGCGCUGGCCCCAAACUUUGUAGGUACCUUCAGGGCAUGGGGCCAGUGAUGCAUACGAUAUUUCGUAAGGAUACAGCAUUUUAUGAUAAAAUAAAAAUGGUCGAUGCCCAAUAUGGCCAACAUAGAAAAAUUUGUUAUUUCACUCUGCAUUCCCAAGGAAUCUAUGGAGACCAUUAUCAUGAUUUUAGGCUAAACUAUUCAGAAGUUAUAAGCAAAAAUAAAAAACAUUUGUGUUGUAACUUGUGCACUACAGAGUGUCCCAUAACUACAAGAAUUUAUUAUUAAAGAAACAUUUAUAUUUCUUUAUAAAUUAUAAAAAGUUAUAAAGAUGUCUAACACAUCCAUUUACAAUGGUACUUCUGGAACUUUUGGUUAUGCGUUACAGACAGAAUUACAGUUGCUGGAAUUAAAAUAAAAAAUAAUUACCUGGGGGCCUGGAUAGCUCAGCAAGUAUUGAGACUACCACCCCUGGAGUCGCGAGUUCGAAUCCAGGGCAUGCUGAGUAACUUCUACCAGGUCUCCUAAGCAACCAAAUUGGCCCGGUUGCUAGGGAGGGUAGAGUCACAUGGGGGAACCUCCUCGUGUUUGCUAUAAUGUGGUUCUCGCUCUUGGUGGGGCGCGUGGUGAGUUGUGCAUGAAUGCCAAUGGCAGCGUGCUCAACAAGCCACGUGAUAAGAUGCGCGGUCUCAGACGUGGAGGCAACUGAAAUUCGUCCUCCGCCACCCAGAUUGAGGCGAGUCACUACGCCACCACGAGGACUUAGAGCGCAUUGGGAAUUGGGCAUUCCAAAUUGUGGAGAAAAGGGGAGAAAAAAAUAAAAAAUAAAUAAAAAUUACCCAAAGAAAACGUGCUCUCUACAUGAUACAAGUUGUUUUAAUAUUUUUUUUAAAUCAGUUUUAAAUCUGUCUAAAAAAAAUAGUCUGUUUCCCCAUGACACAUGCACGUUCUGAAACCUAGUUUUUGUGGUUUGCUACACAUGAAAGAAGAUCUGCACCAAGGAAGUAAAAACUUGGGUAGAAGCAGUGUAUGGCCACAAUGCACGACCAUAUCCUUUUCUAAGAAACUGUAGGUUUAUCAAAUAAGACAUAUUAACAGUAAGAUACAAAUAAAAUUACUGUACAGGUUAGGAAAAGAUGACUGAGUGACCACUCCUCCAAAACCUCAUUUAUUUCUCACGUUGUCAUUAGAUGAAAAAAAAAAAAAACUGUAUAUGGUUGCCAUUCCUUCUAAACUAGCUUUUUAAUCUAACGGACAAAAUGUUGAACAAUAUUAACAAAUGAAACAUUUCUGAAACAUACAUUUUUAUUUAAUACGCCCAAAUGAGCUCAUCAAGGUAAGGAAAGGGGCCCAGAGCAUGCAGUCUAGCUAUGCCCCUGGUAGUCAUGGCUCAUGAGCUACGUUCAGAAUGCAUGUAUGCAUUACUGUAUGCAUUGACAUUUCAAACCAUAAUGUGCUAUGUAGUAUUCAGCUUGGCAUCCAUUUUGAAAAUAAAUAUGGUUAUUUUGUAUUUCUUGUCUAAAUAAAAAAAAAAAAAAAUCA